AAUCUCUUUUGGCACGAACACGUCGGAUUUGCACUCCGGCCAUGCCACGAUUCCUGGAGGCGUUGCUCCUCCUGAGAUUGCUGGGCGUUUCUGCGGUCACCCACUACGAGCAGCCUCCUUGUCAGCAUGAUGAAGUGCAAGGCGAAGUGCUUGGACUCUCCGGGUACACUUGCUCACCCAGAUGUGAUGCCAACAGCUUCAAUUGCCCCGUGGAUAUGCCACAAGGGGCAUCUGCGCAGACUCAGUGCAUGCUGCAGGAUGUGGACAAGGGUGCCUUCUGUGGUCUCCUUUGUCAGGUCGAUGCACAGUGUCCAAGCGGAGCUCAGUGCAAGCAAAUGAUUCAGAUGGGCAUCGGGAUUUGCAUGUACGCCGCCUCCUUCACGGACUGGGCGCGCUCGGCCACUACACGGAAGCUCACAGUGGGCUGGCCCAACAAAGAUGGGCAGCUCGCCAGCUUUCAGGUCGCGAAGACCUUUCAGGCCCUGCAGAACCUGAAGUCGAAGUACAGCAUUGACGACGGUGAUGUUGACAUGCUGACCUUGAAGGAGCUGCUCAAUUCUGUAGCGCCUUCUUCGUCCGGUGCCACGUCCAGUGCAAAGGCCCCAAUGGCACAAAGUCCACAGAGCGGUUGGAGUAUGGCAGGACAGGUCCGAGGGGAUGCGGGCAUCUGGGAAAAUGAUUUGAAUCGCCUUGGCACCGAGCUGAGCCAGGGCCUCCCUGGCAUCGAACGAGAGGUGAGGAGAGAUGUCCUCUUGGCAGAGCACAUCACCGAGUUUGGCAGUGCACAGGCUCUGUUGAGAAUUCUGAUCAUUUUCGCGCUCAUCUACCUGGCUGUUGGCUCAUUCAUCAAGUACCAGAUGAACGGAGCCACUGGCAUCAACACCAUACCGCACGUCGGCUUUUGGCUGGAUUACCCGCAGCUGGUCAUGGACGGAGUGGCAUACUCCAAGAUCCUGUUAGACGGAGCUUCUGGGAAGCCAGCGGCGCGAGACUUCGAUGAUCUCACUGGAGGCUUGGACGGCAGCAUCAGAGGCGUGUCUCUCGGUCGAGGGGGAGGUGCUGGGGCCUUCGAAGCAUUGUGAUCCAUGGAA